AUGCGCAACCUACAGAUAAGCUUAUUGCCGUAUGCGAAAAUGAUAUUACAUGCUUUGAAGUACCCGCAUUGUGCUGUUGUUGGAUUACUGGUCGGGAAAGAGAACAAUAGUGAAAUCUUCUGUGUUGAUGCUGUACCAGUACUCCAUGAAAGCGCUUCAUUGUUAACUGUUCUUGAGACUGCUUUAAUAUCAGUUGACGUUCAUUGUAAGCAAAACAGUCUUGACAUUAUUGGCAUUUACUUUUGCAACCAAGCUUUUACUGAUGACAGUUUGGAUCAAUUUGCAGUCCGUGCAGCAGAUAAAGUUGCUUCGUAUUUUUCAAAUGCCAUUUUAGUUCAGAUUGUGAAUUCUAAGUUAAGUCUGGAUUCAGCAGAGCCAGCUAUUGUUGUUUAUUCUAACUUGGAAGCCAAAACUUGGAAACCGAGGAAGUAUGUUUUAGAAGAUGAGGAGAACGCUUUAGGAGCACUAUCAGACUUUAUGCAAACGAAAAUGUACAGGGAAAUUAUUGACUUUGAAAACCAUCUUGAUGACCCGGCAAAAGAUUUUUGGAAUAGCAGUUUGAACCAGAAGAUUGGGAAAUCUGUUAUUUAG